AUGAAUUAAAUUCAAUAAGAGAUAACAACAAUCCCAACAAAAAUCUUUAGAAAUGCAUAGUGGAUAUCUAAAAACUCGAGUGUAAACAAGAGGAAAAGUCCAAAUUAUCCUUGCAAGAGAUGGGGCCAUACCGCUGUCUUGCAUGAUAAAUACAUGUAUGUUUUCAGCGGGUGUGGCAAAUCAGACAAUGCCAAAUAAUGGGAAUUAAUCUAUCGUAUGGAUUGCAUAACAUUUUAAUGGGAAAGAUUGGCCAGUCCUUCCGCCAAUCACCCAGCUGGUAGAGAUUCCCAUUGCUCUGUUUGCCUUCAAAAUAAGCUUUAUUUUUUUGGAGGGUCUAGUAAUGACCAAAUUAUGGGUGAUUUUUGGAGCUUCGACAUUGACACAUCAGAGUGGACGGAAAUAUAAGUUCCAAAAGACAUGUAAGCAAGAGAAGGACAUUCAAUGGUUGCUUUAUCAUAGAGAUUAAUAUACAUAUACGGAGGUUGGGACUAAGUACAGAACACUAUGACAGAGUCUCAUUGGUUAUAUGAUAUAAAAACAAACAAAUUUCUAUAAAUCGUAAAUUUCACUGGAGACGAGAUGAUUAAAUUAGAAAGUCAUACGGCAAAUAAGAUUGGAGAGAGUGUUUACAUUUUUGGAGGUCAAGGUUAAAUGUCACAAAAACAAUUAAUAUUUUAUAAGGAUUUGUAUAAAUUGGAUUUUGAGAACAUCAAUGAUCUACAACAAAGAUUUGACUAAUAAGAUUCAAUAGAGGACAAAAAGUAGAAUGGCGAAAACAACAUUGCAAUUAAAAUAGAGAAGAUCAAGCCAAAUGGAUCAUAGCAGCCCACACCUCGUGCAUCUCAUUCUGCAGUGGCAUAUGCUGAUAGAUUUCUGUUUAUUAUAGGAGGGGAAGGUUAUUAAUAUGAUUAAUAAAAGGAUAAUGAAGAAGAGGCUAUGGAGUAGGAUUAAGAGGAUAAUUUUUAGAAUGUGGAUGAAGAGGAAAAGCCCAUAUAUCCAAAGAAUGAUAUUUGGAUAUUUGAGACUAUCAUGAGGACUUGGAGCAAAUUAGUACCAAGAUCCAAGACUCCUAUGUUUUAGCCAAGAUUUUCACAUAGUUGUAUAGUUUUUAAAGAUCAAUUGAUUGUGUUUGGAGGAUUGAGAAGCAUGGGAGAAGUCUUGGAAGACAUUAUGGUAUUGCACUUAAAGGAUAGUGAAAAUCAUUUAUAGAAGUUCUCAAGAGAUGAGAUGAAGAAUGUUUGUAAAUAUUGUUAAUUGAUUUAUGGGAAUUAAUAGGAGGAGGACAUCUCUUUCAAUAAGGUAGCAGAGAAUAAUGCCAUUCGUUAACCAAAGUUAUCCUUAACCUUCAUUGAUGAAAUUUCGAAACUCGUUUAAUCACCGAUGUCUUGUUUUGGGUUGUUUUUAGACAAUGCCAAAAUAUCUGAAGCAUCUGAAUUGAAAAUUGAAUAUGCCUAUCGUCUAAGAAGAAAGAAAUCUUAAUACACAACUGAUGAUAUGCAAGAGAAGAUACCUUUAAUUAUUUUAUUUGAGAAAGAAACAAAGGAUUUAGAGGAUUUGAGUGAUUUUCUAUUUAAUUUCGAUAUUCCAAAGAAGAAGAUAUGUUUAAACAAAUAAGACUAUGAAUAGAUUACUAGAAAUGGAGGUGAAGGCUUGAUUUAAGAAGAAUAGUAAUAAUUCAACAAAAAGUAAUAUGCAUUGAAUUUCAAAAUUGCCUCACUUCGGUUGGGUGAUAGUGUUAUGAUUUGUCAUAAAUCGUAGAAUAAUUAUUAUGUUGGCUUUAUAUCAAUGAAUAACCUUUUAAAUCCUAAUGAUGAAUCUUUGACAUUCUACAAUUACACUCUCACAAUUAGUAGUGAAAAGGAGAGAAAAGUCGAUUCUCCGGAAAGUAAAAAUGUCUUAUUGAGUGCUAUCACUCAUCUCUUGACUGAAGAAGACUUCAUAAUUAAUUGCAAUUAUAACUACACAAAGAUAUUUAUAUUUGAUCUUGCAAAAAUACAUUCUCAUUAGAAAGUAUUUGAAUUAAACCUUUACAAUGAUGAUAUUGUCUCAAAUACAUAUGCAGCUUUUGAUCUCAAGAAGGAGGAAGCCAUUAAAUAUCCUGAUUAUUCCUUAAAGGAAUAUAUCAAGUUCUAUUCUUUGGAUCAACUUCCUUACAAGAUGUUUGUAAAUGAUCAACCUCAAGCUUUUUCAUCUAUCAAAAAUAAGAUGGAGAACAAGUUCAAAGUAAUGGUGGGAAACGAAAAGUUAGUCAAUAGAUUGAAUGAGUGCACUGAGGCUUACGGUAUUUGCAGACUGCCCUAAAACAAUUUGGGGAUAUUUUUAUAUUACUAAGGUAGAUUGAUAAACAGAUACAAACGAUCCUUGGGAGUAUUCUUAGGAGACUAAGAAUAUAGUGGAUAUUUCAACUUAUGUAAAUUCAUCAAACCUAAUUUAACAUCCGAAGGUUUCUAAAAUUCAUAUUUAAGCUCAAUUUUGUUUCAAAUACUAGGAUCUUUGGAGGAAGAGUUAGAACCAGAAAGAAGAAAAGAGAUUAAAGUGUGA